CUUUGGUUUUUGGAGCUCCUAGGCAGGAGCAGGGGCUGGAGGAGGAGGCUGACAGUAGUAGAUGCCGUGUUGGCAGAGAAGGAUGCAACAGGAACUGUAAGAGAAACAUGGCACAGAGAAGGAAGAGGUUAGUCUGGCUGAGGAAGAGCAGGCGGUUUCAUUGAGGAGGAGAAAUGGGUUCCAUGAGGCAAGUGUGACCCUGAAGCCCAGCCCUGCAGCCACAGCCCGACACCCAGCUGGGCAGGCAGAGCACCAUGGAUGGCAUCAUUGAACAGAAGACUAUGCUGAUGCACAGUAAGAUCAACGAUGCUGGCAAGAGGAAUGGCUUAAUUAACACCAGAAACUUCAUGGCUGAGAGCAGAGAUGGCCUAGUGUCUGUUUACCCAGCACCCCAGUACCAGAACUGCCGGCUGCUGGGCAAUGCGGCAGCAGCCACCCUGGACAGCGGCAGGAGUGAGCCGGUCCAGCAGCUGCUGGACCCCAACACCCUGCAGCAGUCGGUGGAGUCCCACUACCACCCUAACAUCAUCCUCUACUCCGAGGGCAUGCUGCGCUCCUGGGGGGAUGGCGUGGCUGCCGACUGCUGUGAGACCACCUUCAUUGAGGACCGGUCACCCACCAAAGAGAGUCUGGAGUACCCCGAUGGGAAGUUCAUUGACCUCUCAGCUGAUGACAUCAAAAUCCACACCCUCUCCUAUGAUGUGGAGGAGGAAGAGGAAUUUCAGGAUCUGGAGAGCAACUACUCCAGUGAUACAGAGAGCGAGGACAACUUUCUCAUGAUGCCCCCCCGGGACCACCUGGGUCUCAGCGUCUUCUCCAUGCUCUGCUGCUUCUGGCCUUUGGGCAUUGCCGCCUUCUACCUGUCCCACGAGGUAAGGCCCCUCACACAGCACACCCAGCAGUAAGGAGAGUCGGGAAAGAACUUCUACUCAUGCCACCAGAAGACUCUUUACUUU